AUGAGUAAAAAUCCCUUCACUGAUAAUUUGACUACUGCAAACCAAAAAUACUCAUUUCCUUUACAAUCAAAUAAUGGAAGCCAAAUUGUUUCCUUUGACGAAUACUCUGAAGAUUUUCUUGAUGAAACAGUUGAAAGUAAGCCAAAUCCAGAAGGAAACAGUUCAAAAAUAUCGAACUCUAAAGAUAAAGGCUCUAUUAUACAGAGUGAAAAUGAAUCUGAUCAAUAUAAUGACAGCUUUGAGUCCUCAGACCCCUCUCUAAAUAUCAAAGCUAAAUUAAACCCAAAAAUUGAAAGUAAAGAAUCUUCGGUAAGAAACCAAGAAUCCUUUAACAGUCAAGAAGCAAUACAUAAGCAAACCCCAACCUUAAAAGAAAUCGAAACAAAUACUCCACAAAACCAAGAAUUUAAUGCUGAAAAAUCUCACAAUAAUCAACUGUCUAUCAACGGAAAUGAGGAAUGAGAAUCAGGGAUUUUGGAUGACAGUUCAAGCUAUGGAGAUGAUGUAUUUGCUCAAAAAAUAGCCCAAAAAGCUCAAGAAAUAAAACAUAUAAAUAAAAACCAAAAGAAAAAUAUUGAUAUCAAGCCAAUUGCUAGCAAAAAAGCCAUAUAUUAAUAUGGUAUGGAAAAGGACACCCAUCUUUUUAACUUCAAAAGCUGACAUCCCGCAGAGUGUGAGAGACCUUUAUAAAAGGAGAUGGCGUUUGGGAAUAUGUGUGCGGAAGGUUUUCCCUAACUUGGCGAAGCUCAAUCUCGGGCUAGCCGACCUCAAGCUUCUUCCAGAUAUAGGUUUUUGCCUCGAGUCUGAGAAAUGGAAAGGGGUGUCCCAAAAAAGCCAGCUGUAUAUUUACUGGCCAAUCGGGAAUAUUCCUCAGCUUGAAAUCAGAAUUACACCUUGGGCUUCGGAUUUCAAUGUUGGCUGAGAAUCGACAGAAAAUUCAACUAUUUUGAAUUUCCAUAGGAGGCAACCUUUGUUGACGUAGGCACGGGGUGUGACUCAUCCGACUACCAGGUGGCGAGUGCGGUCCCUCGUUCGGCAGAUAUAUGCUUUCUAAGGUUGUGCUCGAACUAGCGAGCAGGCAAAGGGGGAGUUACAGAUGGAGAUAGUCCUUCGGGAAUUGCAGCAUGCUUCUCGAUAAGUGUUAAUAGCAAAAAGUCUCCAGCAGCUUCUAAUAGAACACCAGAGGCUAAGAGGUCAAAUAAAAGCUCAACAAAUCCAAAAAUUAAUAAUAGCGAUGAAAAUUUAAACAAUCCGCAGGAAAGAUCAAAUAGCUACUCAAGCAAAAGACCGCAAAACCCAGAAAGCAGGGUUAAAGAGAUUAACCAAAUUAUGAAUUCGGAUGCUGUUAAAAAUAGGAACUCUUGGAUAUACGUGCUAGAACAGCUAAAAAAUCCUCGAAUUUUAACUAAAAUUGUCGCACACCCUCCAGCAGAGCCUAAAAGAUACUCAUCAUGCAGAAGGGGAAAGAUUUCUGACCACGAAAAUUUCAGUUCAAAUGAAUGCCUAUCAACAUCUAGCAAACCAAGAAGUUUCGUAAAUACUUCUCCAUUCCGAAGCCCAUAUGGAAUUGUCCAAAUAAAAAAACCAAAGCUUUCAAGGUUUUCAAAAAUAGUGAAAUUAGCACCUGAAAAGCCUGCUCCCCAAAGUCAAAAAUCAGAAAAUGUCCCUUCCAAUCUACCACAAGUAGAUUGAAAAAAUACAGUGCUAGACAGCUAUACUUAUUUACCAAGAAUAGCCCACUAAGGAGCAUUUUUUGGUUGGCCGGACAAUAGCUGGCUUGCCAAAUUCGUUGGCAUGACAUAUUUUCUGGCUAACCAAAUAUUUAAGAAUGGCGAACCCAAAAAAAUGCUCCUUGUGGGCUAUUCUUGGCAAGCAGGUAUAUAUGCAAUUUCUCAUCUUUUUCAGUUUAACUCAGAAAAUGAUAUUGCCUUAUUCACAGAACAUGAAAUUUUUGAGCUUGCCAAAAGACCUUGAAGUGAUGGUCCGGAGGUUUCAAAAAUCCUCCUCAAAGCUCGAAUCACCCUUGACAAGUUAAAACUCGAGCUUCUUAUUGAUACUCUCCCAACUUUCAAAACUCUCAAAGCUCUCAGCAAAGCUUGCAAGAAGCUUCUCAUUGUUCGUAAAACUAUUCUAAAAAUCCUCCAUCUCAUCCACAAGCGUGAAGACCUACUUAAAACCCUCCUUCUUGAGCACUCUAAAAACCAGCAUCUCUACCAACAAUUUUUGUUUUUGGGUAACAAGCUCAUCACGAAUCUGCAAAAAUACAAAAAGUUUCAUCUUUUUAACCCAAAAUUUCUCUAUAAUUCUCAUGACUACACCAUCAAGCUUUACUCAGAUAAUACAGCUGUAGCUCAGAAAAUCAGUGCUUUUAUAGCAUCAUCUAAUAACAGCUCUUCUAAUUUAUCUUAA